AAGAAGACAAUGAUGGAACCAUUCUCGGAGGGCAUUGAGUCAGAGGAGAUGCAAGGAUGGCAGGCAAAUGUUUGGUCAUCAGAUUUUAAAUGUGUCAUGAUUUGAUUAUUAUUGUACUUCCGCAUUACUCUGAAAAUAUUUUUUUAAAUGGGUCGCGAUCCAGAGUCUGUAAAUUUGAUAUUUAUAAGUAAUUGUCAUUUUCAAAUGUCAAGCGAAAUUUUUAUUUAACUCCCGUUUCACCUUAAUUCGUGUAAUUCCGGGUUAUACGGAUUGGGGUGUUACAAAUAUACAAAUAAAUAAAAAUUAUUGUGAUUUUGGAAUAGUAAAUAUGGUAAUAGGAUGGAGGGAGUAAUAUUUUGAUUAUACUUGAUGAUGAUGUACCGUCUUCCAUUCUUGGGAGUUCUGAACUCUGAUAAAAGUGAUAAGGUAGUGAAGGAACGCUUCAGAGAUCACUGAAUAAUCUGAAAUCAUUCGUCAGAAUCAAAUAUGGCUUCACCAUCACCAGAUCCUAUGGACGAUGGCAGCUUCAGAGCAAGAGUUCACAAAGUUUUCAGCUCGCUAUCUUCGUCACCGUUGCCAAUCUCGGCGGUGUCGAAGCCGCUGUGGUCUCUCACAGACGACGAGGUGGAGAAGCGAGAUUGGAAUCGAAGUAAAUCAAAACUCGGCCAAGACGACGACAACACCAUCUGUUCCUCGUCGUUCGAUGGUUUGUUCAAGCGAAAUCGCGGCGGUCGUCCAAAAGGGUUCGGUGACAUGGAUUGUGUCACUGGCGACGGCGACGGUGACAAGGAAGGGUUCGAUGACGACCUCGAAGAUCUCAGCGGAGAGGAAGACGGUGACCGUACAGAUUUUAGGGAAAUCAGAUCCUCCGUAGGGUUGGAUUCAACUCUCGAUUAUGAGGAGGAAGAAGAUGAAUUUGACCGGUUUGCUGAGGGGAAUGGGAAGACCAGUAAUUGCUUCCGUAAAGAUCCUCGUGCAGAUCAACAUGCUGCUCAAAUUAGGCUGAGGGAGGAUGAUGUCGAGGCAUCAAAACACAAACCGAAUCAUCCUAAAACUGAGCCGAGUGGCGAAAACCGUGAGGGCACAUCAAUUUCCGUUGAUUGUUCUAAUGUGAAACCAAUAUUGAAAAGGAAAGACAAUUCUGAGGGGAAGUCCAGGAAACGAGUUAGAUUUGAUCCAAGUUUUGUGGAUGAAUCAGAUGAAUACCCACAAGCAAGACCACUGGUGUCUUUUGAGGUUUCUUCAACGAGUUCAUCUGAUGGAAAUAAACCCAAGGUUCCUGAUCAUCUUAUCAAUCCUUCAAAAUACACCCGCUACAGUUUGGAUUCGUGUAGUGAGAUUGAUAACGAGUCCAACAAUCAAGUGUGUAAGUAUGUGCUUGAGGAGGUGAACAAAUGGACACAAAAUCGGAAACCAGGGGCUUCAUCCAAUGCACUUCCUCAAUCGAUAAGUUUUGUUCCCAAGAAAUCAAGCAGUUCUGUAGUAAUGGAGGAUGUUCGUGAAGAUGCUUCUAAAGUUAGUCAGAACCAACAGAGCUUUCCGGUACCCAUUGCUGCUUGGGAGGAACAUGAAAGCGAAACAACAGAAGAAGAUGAUAGGGAAAUGGAGGAUGGAGACGGUAAUGGUGUUUGUAAACCUGAUCGCCAUUACCGAAGCAAGUCAAGGUUGGAAAAUCAUCUCACUUAAAAGCUUCCUUAAUGGUGUUCUCACAAUAUUAAUGUCGUUUGGAAAAGAAUGCCGAGUCUACUUCAACUCGGGGAUGUUCCAAAUCGUCCAUGUUUCUCCUUUUGUAUGCAUUUGUGUGCUUACUUUGUGUUAAUAUCACUAUAUCAUGACAUGUGUUUUUAUAUUUUGGAUAUGUGAGGGGGCCUAUGGUUUU